AUGUCAGACUCUGAAGAGGUCGUUGAAGAAUAUGAGCAGGAGCAGGAAGAGGAGUACGUGGAAGAAGAAGAGGAAGAAUGGAUAGAGGAAGAAGACGGUCAGGAAGAACAGGUAGAGGAGGCAGAGGAGGAGACUGAAGAAACCACGGCAGAAGACCAAGAUGAUGAAACGAGAGCACCAGAAGAAGGUGGAGAGGGGGACCGAGAGCAGGAGCCUGGGGAAGGUGAAACAAAGCCAAAACCCAAGGUCUUCAUGCCAAACCUGGUGCCUCCCAAAAUCCCAGAUGGUGAGAGACUGGAUUUUGAUGACAUCCAUCGCAAGCGCAUGGAGAAGGACCUGAAUGAACUGCAGGCCCUCAUCGAAGCCCACUUUGAGAGCAGGAAGAAGGAGGAAGAGGAGCUCUUGUCCCUCAAGGACAGGAUUGAACAGCGGCGAGCGGAGAGGGCAGAGCAGCAGCGGAUUCGCAGCGAGAGGGAGAAGGAGCGCCAAGCCCGCAUGGCCGAAGAAAAAGCUCGCAAAGAGGAAGAGGAGGCGCGGAAUAAUGCUGAGGAGUAAGAGCGGAAGAAGAAAGCUUUCUCCAACAUGCUGCACUUUGGAGGCUACAUGCAGAAGUCAGAGAAAAAGGGUGGGAAGAAGCAAACAGAGCGAGAAAAGAAGAAGAAGAUCCUCAGUGAACGGCGGAAACCCCUGAACAUCGACCAUCUCAAUGAAGACAAGCUGAGGGACAAGGCCAAGGAGCUAUGGCAAACCAUCCGUGAUCUGGAGGCUGAGAAAUUUGACCUACAAGAAAAGUUCAAGCGGCAGAAAUACGAGAUCAACGUCCUCCGAAACCGCGUUAGUGACCACCAAAAAGUCAAAGGGUCAAAGGCUGCCCGUGGAAAGACCAUGGUGGGCGGCCGGUGGAAAUAG